GAUGACGCUUCACGAAAAAGCAUCGCAGAUAUGACUAAGAAAGAAGUAAUGGAGGAGCUUAAAAAUAAACCCCAGGAUGUGGAAGACUUCACUCUGUUCCAGUUCAUCAAAAGAGCUGUCAACAUCCCAGGGGCCAUGUUGGGAAUCAUUCUUGGGGGUGCCAUCAUGAAGAACUGCCAGCUCUCGCUCAGGCAGGCCACCGUCAUGUGCAUCAUCAGCAUGGGCUUUUGCAUCAUCUUUGCGGUGCCCCUUCUCUUCCUGGGCUGUCCCACACAGAUGGUGGCAGGGCUUGACUACUCCGGAAGUUCUGGACCCUGGCAGCUAAUUACCAACUGCAACCGAAAGUGCAACUGUUCAACCUCCUUUUUUAACCCUGUAUGUGGGCAAGAUGAAGUGGAAUACAUCUCCCCUUGUUUUGCUGGAUGCUCAAAAGUAAACAUUAAUACUGAAACAAAGACAGUUGUGAAUUACACUGGAUGCAACUGUAUCGUGGUCAAUGGCGCCAUCGGGUAUGCUGAGCCUGGCAGUUGUGGUACUCCAUGUGUCCACUUCCUGAUGCCAUUUGUCAUGAUUGGUGCAAUAUCUGGAUUCUUGGCCAGCCUCUCACACACUCCAGCCUUUGUGCUUAUUCUCAGGAGUGUCAGGCAUGAAGACAAGUCGUUUGCCAUUGGGAUACAGUUUCUGCUAUUAAGAGUUCUCGCCUGGUUGCCAGCCCCAAUAGUCUACGGCAGCGCCAUUGACACAACCUGUCUCCUGUGGCAAAUUAAGUGUCAAAAGAGAACAGGCUGCCGAUACUACAACCACACGGCAUUCCGGAAAAGGUUUGUUGGCAUUCAACUUUUAUUUGAAACAUGUUGCUUUCUGUCCUUCUGCAUUGUGUAUUUCCUCCUCGUUCGAAAGGAGGAAGAAGACCGCCAAGAGGAAGGAAACCGGGCCACUUCUCCAGAUUCUGUCAGUGAAUCACGCCCUUGA